CAUGGUGAAGUUGUGUAAAAUCUGCAUUGGUGUCACAAUAAUAAAAUUAUUGCCCAGGCAACGGAAGAUUUAACAGCACAAAUCAGAGAUUUUAUUUCGCAACCCAGAGUUUAAAGGUUUGGCUGUGGAAAAUACUGUCGCAGAAUCUCCUUUUGCGUACAGAAUUCUAGCACAGCACGUGAUGUGAGGAUGCCAAUCUCCCUUCCAGAGGUACAGAGAGAUCCAGCCUUUGUGCUGUUAUUUCACACACUGGGGCCGAGCUCGGGUUAGCUGUGAGUAGAGGAGAAAAUUGGAAAAUAGAGGGGAAGAGUGGAGAGGAAAGAAGAGCGGAACAGAGGAAAGGCAAAGGAGAGAGGAGAUGCUUACUGCAGUAGAGAGAAUAAAGCAGGGUUUGUUUAGCCCGAGAGAGGUCCGUUACGCUGUGCUCUGUCCUGGUCUCGUCUCUGCUCGUCUCCUGAGGAUCAGUGAUCAGUGGGAGCUACAGGAAAAAGGAACAACCGAAGCCCUGCUUGGCUGCUGUUUAAUUAUUGAAGCUCCUGGAUGUAACUGUAGAAUGGUGUGAUUGUGGAGAGACUGUGCUGUGUGGAGGGGAAGGUGUCUGGAGUGGUGGAGGAGACCUCCCCUUCCUCCACUUCCUCCUUCGAGUUGGUUGACAUGGAGCCAGCCCCGCCCCUGUACCAGCCCGUGCAACCCCAUUGGUUCUACUGUCGCCGUGUCGACUCCAAGGAUGUGUGGCUCCCUUUCAGCAGAGAGGACUCGGAGAGACUGGAACAGGCCUUGUCUACCGCAGGAGAGGAGGAGGUGGUGGUGGCAGUAGAAGGGGAGAGGUAUGACGUGCGUGUUCGGGAGCGGCAGAGGUAUGCGGUGUACUGGGAGCAGGGCCCGUCAGAGGUGCGACGCUGUACCUGGUUCUAUAAAGGAGAUAAAGAUACCAGAUACAUGCCCUACCCAGAGGAGUUCAGCACCAACCUGGAGGAGGCCUAUAUGAUAGCAGUGACUCUAGAUGAGUGGAAGAGGAAGCUGGAUUUUCCUUCAGGAGAGACAGUCAUCCUGCACAACCCUAAACUGAUCAUGCAGUACCAGCCAAUCACGUUGCAGGACGAGUGGGUCUCCUCUCCCUCGGAGCAGACUCGCCCACGUACUGUCAAGAGGGGUGUCGACAACAUCACAGCAGAGAUACCUGACGGUGAACCAGAGACAAUAGAUCACCUGGUAUUCAUGGUUCACGGCAUCGGCCCCGCCUGUGACAUCCGCUUCAGAUCUAUCAUACAGUGUGUGAAUGACUUCAGGAGUGCGUCCCUAUCCCUACUGGGGAGCCAUUACAGGAGAGGCCAGGAGGAGGGCAGGGUGGGCAGAGUGGAGUUCCUACCUGUCAACUGGCACAGCGCACUACACGGAGACGCCACUGGAGUAGACGAGGACAUUCAGAGGAUCACUCUCCCCAGUAUCAGUCGUCUGAGACAUUUCACCAAUGACACUCUGCUCGACCUGUUCUUCUACAACAGUCCUACCUACUGCCAGACCAUAGUGGACACUGUGGCCUCCGAGGUUAACAAGCUCCACUCACUGUUCAAACACAGACACCCAGAAUUCACUGGAGCAGUGUCUGUGGUUGGACACAGCCUGGGCUCGCUGAUCCUGUUUGAUCUGCUGACCAAUCAGAAGACAGGAUCAGGAGAGGCAGACAGAGAUGAGGGUCGUAACCGUGACCCCUGCCCUCUGACCUGUGAUGCGUUGGAGCAGGCUCUAUGCAGAAUGGGCCUUCAGGAGCACCUGGCUACACUACAGAGCGUGGACCUAGACCUUGACUCACUGGCUAUGUGUGACGAAACUGACCUGACAGAGCUCGGAAUCCCUCUGGGACCGAGGAAGAAGAUCCUCAGCUUCAUACGGAAGAGACACUUCCUACAGGAGGGUCGGCAGGGAACGGUGCUUUUGGCCCCCGGGCUGCAGGCCCUUCCAGACCCCUCCGAAGAUUCCCCCUCUCCCACGGUUAGCUUUGGCAACCAGUCUUCAGAGGCGUCAGCACGCCGACAGCAGUUUCUCAGAGCCCAGUCCAUAACCAGCGCUGUUGACUAUGAAUACUUCGACGUGGGCAUUGGACAGACCAACGGGGGCAUAGCCAAGGGACAGGUGUCCAUUAACUACCCCCAGCUGGCAUUCCAUCCUCAGACCUUCUUUGCGUUCGGUUCUCCCAUCGGAAUGUUCCUGACCGUCCGUGGACUCAAACGCAUCGACCCAAACUACACCUUUCCCACCUGCAAGAACUUCUAUAACAUAUACCACCCUUUUGACCCUGUGGCCUAUCGGAUCGAGCCCAUGAUUGUGUCUGAGUCAGACCUAGAGCCCAUGCUGAUCCCACAUCACAAGGGCCGCAAGAGGAUGCACCUGGAGUUGAAAGAGAGUCUGACGCGGAUGAGUACUGAUCUGAAGAAUAACGUUCUCGGCUCGUUUCGUACUGCCUGGCAGUCUCUGGUCCGAAUGCCUGUCGCUGCACUGCCCCCUGUGGAGGAUGGAGAAACUACAGCAGAGAGAUCCCUGCAGGAGACAGAGACCCCUGCAGCAGCCUGCGCUGCUGUGAGGGAAAAGAGUAAGGCUGAUUUGUGGACUAAAAUUCUGGAGUGGCCCAAAGCCCUUCACUUACAUUACUUCCAAGGUGUGCAUGAAGAGGUGGAGUCUCCAGGGUCGGCGGAGGACAAGGGGCGUCAGGUGAAGGUGGGGAUGCUGAAUGGAGGGCGGAGGAUAGACUAUGUACUGCAGGAGGCGCCCAUUGAGAGUUUCAACGAAUAUCUGUUUGCCAUCCAGUCCCACCUCUGCUACUGGGAGUCUGAGGACACUGCUCUGCUGCUGCUAAAGGAGAUCUACGACAAACUGGGUGUGGCCUUUGAGCAACCACAGCAAUAACAAAGGCUUAAUAAACACAGAGACCGGUAUAAGGCUUCAUAACAACACAUGAAUUCCGUGGAGAUGCACCAAUGAGGCCCUUUGCUUUAUUAGGAGCUGAAAGGAGUAAGGCAAGUAAGUCAGUAAAAACACAGAGAUAUAAAUAUUGAAUAACCACAGAGUUUUAAAGGCUUUAUAAACACACAGAGAGGGCUAUAAAGUCUUUAUACAUACACAGAGCGUUAUCUAUAAGUUACUAAAAUGUAAUGAAAGCAACAUGAAAAAGGACAUGCAGCCACUGCUCUCUCCCAGAAUUCCUUGUGUCUGAGCCUCACAAAACCGUUGAGUCACCUCCUCGGACAGAUGGCGUCUGCCUCUGAGUGUGUGUGUGUCAAGGGUGUGACAGAGAAGUGCUCCGUGAAGAACCAAACCUGUCCCAGCUGACAUGAAGAGGACUGGAGAACCCAUUGGAGAUGAGCUCUCUAGUGCAUUUCUAUCUCUGAAAUUUCUCAUCCUGUGACCACAUGGGCAGCAACAUUGAAUACUAUCCAAGUGAGCCCUCUACCCAACUCUAUGGGAGAACCAUAGUGAAGACUGGUUUUCGAUUUUCUUAAAACCACACUGAAGGAUCUGGGUUUGAGCCGCUGGAUCCUCCUGUUGAAGGGGCAGACUGCAUUUAACAUGUGUGUUUCUAAAGAAUCAGAUCCUGUUUGAUCAUGUCUGGAUCAUAACUUUUAUAUAUGUCAUUUUCAGGUCAUUUCUUUUUACUUGGCCUUAGACUUGACAUGUCCUAUAAUACAUUUACAACGACAGAUCAUGCAGGAUGAUAAUUCCUCUUCUGUGUGUUUAGUGCAUGUCUCCAGAAGGUUGUAUACCAGUACGUAUCAGUACGUACUUGACUACCAAAAAGGUAGCACUUUACUUAGGUGCUGCUUAAGGCUUAGAAAAGCAUUUUAUAAAGGGCAUUACAACUCUUUACGUCAUGCAUAUGAAGGCUGCAUAUGAAGGCUGCAUGUCACUCUU